GUCACUCAGCUAAGCUUGCCUCUACGUGCCCUUCAAGGAGCAGGUCUCCAAAAAUUUCAACAACUAUUAUGGAUGCUCAAAGUCAUAGGAUCCCUAGACACGAAACCUGGAUACUUCGGUUUCUUAUUGCGGUGCUAGCUUCAGCAUCGCUGGUAACCACCUGUUGUGCCUCUCCCCUCCCUCUGAACACCCUAUGUUAUUCGAAACAUGGAUCUGGGACAGCCGGCACGAAUUCAGCUCCACAAGUACCAAGUCAUAGUCAUGAGGAAGACUCGGAAAAUUUUACUCGCCUUGGUCUUCGUGGCCUCGGACUCGGUUUGAAGAAGCUAAGCUUGGCUUGGGACGGAAUGUCACUGAUAGGCUUUGCGUACACCGAAGCACUCAUAGGCAAGGAGUACGAGAACAAACCCAUUCGUUUGAGUUCGCUGACACUUCCUGCUCGCCGUCCGACUCAUCCCUCGAUUGAAUAUCUAUACCUGUUACCGAAACUCGGCUUGGAAUCCCAAAAUCCCAAGAUUCUCUCAUUGUCUGGCGUCACCUAUUCGAAUGCGAAGGAUGCCUGCUGGAGUUGUCCAGUAUAUGCCAGCAAAAGUAUGAUGAAAGCAAAUAUGCCACAAAUGGUGAGUGAAACUUAUCGCUCGCAGGGACACUGUGGCAGCUCGUUCCUCCAUAGAUCUACGAAGCUCACGGCGAACCUCCUGUAUACGCAACAACAUCAGAGAUCGAGUCUGACUCCCCAGCCCCUCCCUACACCGCAACCGAUGGUAUUAAUCCACCUGCCAUGUCCAAACGCGACACAGACAGGAAUCAAGUCAUCUUUUUCAAAGAGCAUGAUAAUGUCGUAAUGCGACUUCCUCGAGAAGAAUUUACCAAAAGCUGGGCAUUGAAAGGAGAAUGUCAUCGAACUCACAAGGAUCUUCCAAAGACGGCAGCUGAUCAGUGGAAUGCUUGGAAGGAUACAAUACUAGGAUGGCCUUCCUUCCUUAACUUGGUUGAUUGAAGAAAAUGAAGCUCGCAAUUUUUGCGACGUCUACACCAAAAGA